GGGACGUGGUACAGAGCGGGGAAAUAAGAAGGGUACACACGUUAUGUAUUUAAGAAACUUGUUCUUGUUGGCAACAUGUUUAUUCAUUUUGGCUACCCAUGAGUGUUUUUCCAAAUCAGCUGACACGGAUCCCGAAGACCCUAGAGAGCUGCUGUAUCGUGAGCUGUCUCCAGAGGCCUAUUUCAACCUGCCCUUCCACGACCCUGGGGACACGGCGCAGUCUUUUCGACGCCAAUACGCGGAAGGCCAGGAACUUGAUGAUAGCCAUUGGCUGAAAAUAGACGAUUACGAAUUCGCAGCGCAACACAGCCCCCCAGCUCACGCAGGCCACGGGUCCGUGGUUGACAUCGACUUCUACACUGUCACCCAGUCCCUAAAGCACAUUGAGACCAUGAACCCUGAUGCCAUCACUAUAUUCCAUCUCUGUUACGCAAUGUCCUACAUUUGGAGACGAGGGAGAAAAGGUAUCCACAGAUAUUACAACUUCCGAGACACAUACCAUAAUCAUAUGCUCUUUGAAAUUGGCUACAUAACACAAACAAUUAUGGCAAAAUACCAAAAUGUUUUGGAGCUCUACGAGUUAUCAACUAGGAUGGAGCCUGGGAAGAGAAUAGGGAGACCGCAUCUCUUCUUCUUCUAUAAGAACAUUCUGGAGGACUGCAGGACCAUCAUACACCUGUGCAAUAUGAUACAUGAGGUGACACGAAAAUACCGCACUCAGCAAUACAGCGCGCGCGGGCAAACGUGGUUGCCCGUGCCGUACGACCCGGCCGCCAAGUUUAUGGACUAUGCGGGGAACGAAUACGUGAAAGAAUUCGCGGUCACGGACCGAAGGUCUACGAGGAAACGAGAGUAUGGCGUUGAGGGGUUUGAGCAUGAUAAGAUUGUACAUGAAGACAAAGCCAUGUAUGAGCGCAUCAAAUCAGUCGGGUUGCUAGAACUUAAGCAGAAACAGCGAGAGUACCAGGCCAUCAAGAAACAAAAGGACUUCUUCCUGGACCAUGGCUUCUUCUCCAUGACCAACCCCAGCGCUACACGGAGAACCAAGCGCUGGCGAUCCAAUGAACCCAUGAUAUAUGGGUGGGAACCAACAGAAUCUUAACUAAAACCAAUUUAAUAAAUAUGUUAAUCAAUCUGUUUUCGUUUUUUUUCUAUGAAACAAUCAGUUUUAUUAUUAGGAACAGUGAUAAGGGAAAAGUUUGGACUGAGCGAAGACGUAGUGACGAAAAUUGAGAAAGAUAUGUUGAGACGGUUUGGACACGUGGAAAGAAUGAGUGAAAGGCUAACAAAGAGAGUGUAAAAGGGAGAAGUAGAAGAGGGAGUUGAAAGAGGUAGACCUUUGGACGACUUUCUAAUCAAAUCGGGGAAAUCCUGAAGAAAGGCCAGGACAUGAGCACCCUAAACCGGCGAGCGUGUAUGAGGAAUGUUAUGAAAGUUUGUGUGUAUGAGGAUUGAAGAAUGUUAUGUUAUGAAAUCUGUGGUAUCUGCCUACCCCUCCGGAAAAUACGCGUGAUUAUAUGUACGUAUGGAAAUUAUCUCUUGAUUGUUCAUAAACUGAUAAGAGAGCUGCAUUUUAUCCACAAGAGUAGCAAAGUAAUUUUAUACUAAUUUCGAGUUUUUUUUUUUUAAAUAAAUAAAUAUUAUAGGACAUUAUUACACAAAUUGACUAAGUCCCACGGUAAGCUCAUUAAGGCUUGUGUUGCGGAUACUUAGACAACGAUAUAUAUAAU